AUGAGGCAGAAUAUCAAAUCAUCAUCAAGUCAGAAUGCGAGAGUAUCUACAACGCUAAUACUAUCAUAUGUUUUCGACUGGGUCAUAAUAUUAACAGCCGCAAUGUUCGGCGCAUGGUUUGCCCAUAUGUCUCCAAAUAAACGUCCGUUUGCUCUCGAGAAUCCAGAAAUCUCGUUCCCAUUUCAGAACCACGAAAAAGUGCCUACCAUGAUGUUAGCAGUCUAUGCUAUGGCCAUACCAGCUAUUGUCGUCCUCGCGGUAUGUAUCUUCCUAGUACCUGGCCCAACAGUCUCGAAAUCAAUACCAAAAAAUGUUAUUUGGGCUCGGAAGCUCUGGGAAUGGCACACCGGGUGGCUUGGAUUAUUCCUUUCUCUAUCUGCAGCCUUCUUAAUCACUAGCGGUAUGAAAAACCUAUUUGGAAAGCCACGACCCGACCUACUGUCAAGAUGUGAUCCAGAUCUGGCAGACCUGCAAAAGUAUAAAGUAGGAGGAUUCUUUGGGACUGACGUAGUGUCCGCAGAGAUUUGUCGUCAGACAGACAUGAAUAUCUUGAACGAUGGGUUUCGAUCUUACCCGAGCGGUCAUUCAUCUUUUGCGGCAGGAGGACUUAUCUAUCUUUCUCUUUUUCUAGCAUCCAAACUUGCCAUCACCAUACCAUACCUCUCAUCAUCUCCAUCCUCAAUUAAUAAGGAACGUUAUACUGCUUUUCCCACCUACAUAAAGGCCUAUACCCGUAACCUAGCCAUAGCCAUGGAUCGGAAGUCUGAUUCGACAAACCCUUUUGAACAGUCGGGCCAUAAUGAAGCCAUUAUUGGUGCAAGAAACGAAGCUGCAGCGCCCCCAGUAUACUUGCUGGUAUUUGCAAUUAUACCAUUCUUUACAUCAAUAUAUAUCUCCUCAACCCGCUAUUCUGAUUUCCGCCAUCAUGGCUUCGACAUCCUAUUCGGUUAUCUUAUUGGAGCUGUCAGUGCAAUAUUCUCAUUCCGGUGGUACCAUCUACCCAUCAGUCAAGGGGCAGGUUGGUCAUGGGGACCACGAAGCCGAGACCGCAGCUUCUGGGCUGGUGUAGGUGUCGGCAAUUAUGCUGGUUUAAAAGAUGAGGAGGUCGAAGAACCUGAGAUGGGUUUGGACUCCGGUCGAAGGGAAAAUAUCGAAGCCACAAGGGUAAAUCGAACGCGAAGCCAUGAUUCGAUCGAACUUCUCCCAGUGAAAUCUCCGUUUGAUAACACCGAACCGGACCUACACCCAUCCAAGAAUUUAUAG